GGCCCACCUCCAGUGAAAAUUCUCAGGGUAGAAAUUUCCACGAGUGAACUGUACAGUCUGGGCUCUGCAGCUAAACGGACCUCUGACUAUUUUGGGUUUGUCUGUCUGCGAUUGUCAAUUCUCCCCUUUUCUUCGGAUAAGCAAAUAUAUCCCGUAGAAAUGGCACACCUCGAAGAGUUUGCAGACAAAAUCUCAAAACUUGUCAAGGACGAAUGGUAUAGCAUCAAACCGGUCAAUUCCAAGGAAUGGGAACAAGAAUUUGAAGAGAACGUAGAAAACAUACUACAUGGCCAAAACACACCGAGAUUCUACACCUGCAGGAAUGAGAUUACACACCUUGACAAGUCAAAGUUGAGUGAAAUUACACCCCAAGAAAAGUUCAAAACGUGCUACGAAAUCCAUAACAUGAUGGAAGGACUCUGGCUCGAAGGUAAAAAGAGAAUCAAAGCCAUUGACCAGGAAGGUUCACUAAAUCUGAAAGAUGUUGUAGAAUAUGGGAUGAGGCUCCGCUCUACAACGUACUCACCUCCAGAAAAUAUCAACACAGCAGAUCCUACACACCACUAUGAUAUUUUUCCACAAUAUCACUUUCUCGGAGUUCCAAAUAUGGAUCAAAUGCAUGCGUCUAAGCUAUUUAGCCUAAACACCCUCGCAGUGCAAGCUAAACCCCCAAUAAUUACGUUUGAACGAAUUUCAGAAAAGACACAAAAAAUGCUAUUGACCUGUGAAACAAAAGGGGCCGUUAUACACUUUCAAACUUUGAGAGAAAAUCCAAAUAUAAGAUGUCCACAAACCGGAAGACCGAUGGUUUACACCACCGAACCUGUCGUUUAUGACGAAACCAGGAACUAUCAGUUCAAAACAAAUUGUAAUCCAUUCACCGUAAGAGCAUGGUCUGUAGCUGAAGGAUUGAAGGAUUCUAGAGUAGUCGAAAUUGUAUAUGGAGGAGGAAAGGAAGAAGUAAAGGAAGAUCAUUUUGGACUAAUGUUGGACAGAUGA